AUGGCAGAAUACAAUUUGACGGAAGAGCAAGUAGCUCACUUCGAUUCCGAGGGCUUUCUCGUGAUCCGGGCCCAAGAUCACGACCUGGUGGAACCUAUCGUGCUUCAAACCUGGGCGGACGAGGUCAAGGGACUACCGCAAGAGCAUGGAAAGUGGAUGCCAUAUGACGAGACUCUCCCAAACGGACAGCGUCAGAUCAUGAGGACCGAGAACUUCGUCGACUACCAUCCAGGCCUGGCCUCGUUACUCAACGGCAAGCCCCUCGCCAACAUUCUAAAACAGCUCACGCGGGAUGACAUGUUGCUCUUCAAAGACAAGAUCAACUACAAACUUCCCGGAGGCAACGGCUUCGGUGCACAUAUCGAUUCGCCGGCCUACGAUCACGUCGCCAAGAUCGAGCACACGACAGCGAACUUUGCGGUGCAUCCAGCGACCAUCGCGAACGGCUGCAUCGAAGUCGUUGCCAAAUCCCACAAAAUGGAAGUAAAGCUCGCCAAUGGCGGUGCUAUCGAUAAGGAAUGGGAAGCCAGCCAGACCUGGAUCCCCGUCGAGCUCAACAGUGGCGACUUGCUCAUCUUUGGCUCGCAUUUGGCACAUCGAUCAGCACCAAAUACCACCUCGCAGCCGCGUUCGAGCGUGUAUGCGACGUAUCAUACGGUUACUGAUGGAAAGGAUCUCCGCGAUAGGUAUUAUGCUGACCGACGAGAAAAUUUCCCUCCUGAUCAUGAGCGAUUGCCCGGGAAGGACUAUAGUGAGGGUGUAAAGAGAUAUGCUUUUGCUGCGCCGUUUACGAAGAUUGAGGGGGCGAAAUGA